UAUAAAGUUUGUAAAUAAAAUUACAAUUUAAAAAAUACAUACAAGAAAUGGAAGAAGAAAAAAAUUAUCAGAAAAUUAACUAUGAAGAAAACCUGGAAGAACUAAAAUUUGACCAAGUCAUGACAUUAGAAGAAGAUCCGGCUUUAUCUGCUGGGGUGGUACGCCGAACUGCAGAGAGUCGUAUGGGCAAGUUGAGUAAAGACAUCAACUCCCUUGCAUCACAAGUAUACAGAAGGAUGGACACUUUGGAGUUCCAGAUGAAUACUCUGGGCGACAGAGUAAGGAAAGUCGAGGAGAGACUUAGUGCUUUAGAAUGGUCGACUGAUGCUCUUGGAAACAAAGUGACUGAAGGAUUCAACAAAAUGACUGAAGGAUUCAACAAAAUGACUGAGGAUUCAACAGAAUGGAAAACAAAAUAGAUCAACUCGCUAAGAUGAUAACCAACAAGUUCCAGGGAAAUCUAUAAAGUUGCUAAUUAUUAGCUUCUGGAGAGGAUUGGAAAGUAAGAAUCUUUUAUUUAUUCAAAUUCUA